CAGAGGGUGAAGGCCGAGGAAGUGCACGUCGAUGAGCGACUAAAGGACAACACGUUCGAGUCGAGGGUGCGUGCCAGUAUAUCGGAUUAUGGUGCACGCGCAGCGCGGGAUCUCAUCGUUACGCGCGGUGCGGGAUUCAGGAAGGAGAAAAACAAGAAAAAGCGGGGCAGCUACCGUGGAGGGGACAUUACGCUGGCCACCCACAGUAUCAAGUUUGAUGAUUAG